AUGCACAUGUGUUUCCUAAAACCUAAACGUUCAAACCGAUUCAAGAACAUUACAUCUGGUGCCAAAAUCUGGGAGGGGCUCAGGUCUUUGUCCCUUGUGGACCUACCCAUCCACCCCAGAGUGCAAGCCACAGCAACCAGACAACGGAAACUCCUCCGCCUCCAGUUGCCUCUCUGUGCAUGCACAUCAGUCACUGAUCUCGCCUACUGGAGCCCUGCAGGCCCACGGGCUGCAGCUCCACACAGAUGCCUCCUAGCAACCCACCUCCACCUGGCACCUGUUUCAAGUUUGGCAAUGAAGACCACUGGUCCAGGCAAUGCCCAAACCCAGGUAAGCCCACCAGGCUGUGCCCCCUCUGCGGAGGACCCCACAGGAAGACAGACUGUGAGGUGUCCCAGCAAGUACUGCCCCCAUCCCUGCCACAGCUGGCCAAAACCUCCUACUAGGAUCUCAUCAGCCUUGCCACUGAAGAUUGACAGUGCCCUGGAACAGAUGCCGCAGCAACUACCAUUGCUUCAUCUGAGCCAAGGAUAA